CGUGCAGUUUCAAAGUUUGAAUAAUUCGUAUAGGUUUUAGAAGUGUAAAUAAAAAAAUGUCUAAGAACAAACUGACAAACAGCCUUUCUAUACGAGAGACGGAGGCAAAGUGAUGAUUCUAGCGUUCUAAUAAUUAACCUUUGUGGUAUGCAUGGUAUGCAAAUGAGGAUGAAUACCAGAAUCUAAAUUAGUCUGAAUAAGGUCAAAGUCGGAAAUACCCGGACAGGUCCGUAACCGAGUUGAUGCUACGAACUUACUUCGGCCGACCAUGACGUCAUUCGGGAUACGAACAUUUCCUUAUAUGCAAAUAAGGCGGAGCUUAACCUCUAAACUAGUGUAAACAAACAAAGUCGGACAGAAAUAAAUAAUAAAACAAUAUAGAACGCUACGAAUCAACACUACAUGCCAAGUAUUAAAUAUCAAAUACUUGACAAUAAAAGUUAACUAUUUCUGCAGAAUAUGAAGCGAUUUCAGUCCGCUUGUACGAGAUUUUAGUCACCCGGUGCAUACGUACAAAAAUCCAAGAUGGUUGACAACUGUCAAAAUUUCAACUGACAUAAACUUUUAUCAAGUUUUACAAAGUCAACAAUGGACAUUACAUGAAAACAUCGAUUUAAUUUAAUACAGCAGAUUUGAACAAGAGAUUCUGUCGGAGCCUUCAGCCAGUGACCUGCCUCGUGUUGUCAUUGGUUCUAACACAUACCACCAGGUGUCAGCACAGUUGAAAAUGCUUCGAGCUCAGUCGGGUAUGUCAGCAGAGGAAAGACAGAGAAAACAACAGGAAGUAGCUGAACAGCUGAAGGCCCUGCGAGCCAGCACGGAAUCUAUGAGCAGUAGAAGACGUAUGCCUGAGGAGGAAGAGGAUGAAGAUGAUGAUGAUGAUUAUGGUGAUGAAGGGGACAAGUACAGUAUCGUUGGUCGCCAUGAACCACCAGCCAAGAAGCCAGCAGUCGAUUCCAGUUUCCCAAUAUUGCAACCACCACCUCCACCACCACCUGCAAUCACUUCCACUCCAUCCUUCAUGCCUCCACAGCUACGUCACAGGGCCCCACCUCCACCUCCAAGCAGACAUCCCACACAAGGCCCACCCAGAAUGAGACCUCCACCACCACAUGCCAGACCUCCAUUUGGAGGCCCAAUGGGGCCUGGGCCGGGCCCAAUGCCAGGUCCUCCACAUGGAUUUCACCCUGGGCCACCAAUGGGUCCGGGGCCAAUGUCAGGACCUGGGCCAGGACAUAUGAGAGGACCUCCACCAAUGGGUAUGAGGCCAGGAUUUGGUAUGCCUGGGCCGAGGCCAAUGGUUGGCCCCCCAGGACCCGGAAUGUAUGGAGUCAGUCAUGGAGAAUCUCACACAGAGGCAGAUCAUGUGAAAGAAGAAGAGGAAAAGGAAGAUGAUAAACCUAAAGUGAUAUACUCCUCUGCUCCUAUUAUAAAUGUACAGAAGAAGGAAAAGAAGAAGAAGAAAAAGAAGAAAAAUGAAGAAGGAGACAAAGUCACGUCUGCAAGCACCUCAGGUGCAACAUCCGAUGUACAGACUUCAGAGGAGAGUAAACCGGUUUAUACAGUUACCAUGCCAACAAAGCCUCUACCAGAACCGGAAGAUGAUUUACAUGUUGCUGAUAUGGACAUUGAUAAUCAAUUUAUGUCAAAUAAAAAAGAGAAAAAGGAAAAGAAGAAGAAGUUUAUACGCAUGGCUGCAGGAACCACAUGGGAGGAUCCAUCACUCGGCGAGUGGGACCCAGAUGAUUUUCGGUUAUUCUGUGGUGACCUGGGUAAUGAAGUGACAGAUGAAGUGUUAGCCAGAGCUUUCAGUAAAUAUUCCUCAUUCGUAAAGGCCAAAGUGGUACGAGACAAAAGGUCAAAUAAAACUAAAGGUUAUGGUUUUGUCAGCUUUAAAGAUCCAACAGAUUAUGUUCGAGCAAUGAGAGAAAUGAAUGGUAAAUAUGUUGGAAACAGACCAAUAAAACUUAGAAAAAGUAACUGGAAAGAACGAAACAUAGAUCUUGUGAAGAAGAAAGAAAAGGAGAAAAAGAGACUUGGGCUGAGAUGAUGCAUCUAGACUAGAUUAAAGAAAUUAUUGCAAUACAAGUUUUAAAUACAGUUAUGAAAAAUAGUAAAAGGUGCAUACAUAUACAGUACAAGAUGAAAAGGAACACUGUGGGAAAGAAGUGUCUAUGCUAGACUGAAACUGGAAAGUUAUCUUGACUGUUAGAAGCAUUAGAUAAUUGAAAGCAAUUCUUUUACUUAGUAUAUAAAACCCAGUUAAAGGGAUGAGUGAAUGGCCCAAAUGCUGUUCAAAAACAAAUUGUUGAAAAGGAAACUGACAAGCAUCUGUAGUUGUUCAGUCUAAAUAAAUUGUGAUUGAAAUGUU